UGAACAGGGAACCUUAUUCCCAUAGAAUUUUCGUGGCCUUCAUUCAAGACGGGAUUAAAUACUUUGAUGAGUUGGCAAAACCAACCGAGGUGCUACCCUGAGAAAUUCAUUGCUACCUUGGGGUUCAUAUUAGUAACCCGAGCCAUCAAGAAAACCAUAUUCUAUUACCAAGCAACUGUCAAACUCUAGGAAAAUUAUGAUAAUUGCCAUCAGAAUUCAAAAUAGACACAGUAAAGUGAUUCUCCCGGGAAUGUGUUCAGGGACCAAUUACUUCUGCUCCACUGGAAUCCCUGAGGAGGAAGAAUUCUCACCUCCCCCUUUCUUACCAACUGUCGGGUGCCAACUGUUCCUUUCCUGUGUCAACGGCCUAAAACAUUUCCCAGGUGCCAAUAUUUGAUCUCCAGGAGAAACCAUGUGGUAACUGCCUAACGAUCAUUGGGGAAAAGUGAACCGGGGUCUGGACGAGGGCACCGGGAAACAGAGGUCUGGGGAGAUUUCCCGAGAACCGCCGGUGGCCAGAAGGGCUGGGGGAGAGCUGGAUGGAUGACCCCAAAGGCCCUGGACCCUAGAUGGUUGGGGAUCUGCAGUGCACCUGGCGUCCGAUUCAACUUCUCUCGGCGACUGGGAAGAGCACGCUCCCUGCCCCUUAGCCUACGCCAGGCUUUGGACUACAUUUCCCAGACGGCCUUGCUCUCGGCUUUGUGGUCGUACUAGACUAGGGCGUGUUAGGGAAGAGAAACCACUUUCGGUGAGCACCGCGGGAGCAUCACCGUACGUGGUUACCCCGCCGCGGCUGCUGCCCCGCAAGAUGAUUGGGGUCCUGCUCCUGCUUCUCCUCCUCCCCCUUCUCUUGUACAUCGCUGCACCCCAAAUCAGGAAAAUGCUCUCCAGCGGGGUGUGUGCGUCAAGUGUCCAGCUUCCCGGGAAGGUGGCCGUGGUCACCGGAGCCAACACAGGCAUUGGGAAGGAGACAGCCAAAGAGCUGGCUCAAAGAGGGGCCCGUGUGUAUAUAGCUUGCCGGGAUGUGCAAAAGGGGGAGUUGGUGGCCAGAGAGAUCCAGACCGUGACAGGGAACCAACAGGUUUUGGUGCGGAAACUGGACUUGGCUGAUACUCAAUCUAUUCGAGCCUUUGCUAAGGGCUUCCUGGAAGAGGAAAAGCAUCUCCACAUUUUGAUCAACAACGCAGGAGUGAUGAUGUGUCCCUACUCCAAGACAGCAGAUGGCUUCGAGAUGCACAUAGGAGUCAACCACUUGGGGCACUUCCUCUUGACCCAUCUGCUGCUAGAGAAGCUGAAGGAAUCAGCCCCAUCAAGGGUAGUGAACGUGUCUUCCCUAGCACAUCACCUGGGAAGGAUCCAUUUCCAUAACCUUCAUGGCGACAAAUUCUACAAUGCAGGUCUGGCCUACUGUCAUAGCAAGUUAGCCAACAUUCUCUUCACCAAGGAGCUGGCCCGGAGGCUAAAAGGCUCUGGCGUUUCGACAUACUCUGUACACCCUGGCACGGUCAAGUCUGAACUGACUCGGCACUCAUCUUUCAUGCAAUGGAUAUGGCGGCUUUUCUCCUUCUUCAUCAAGACCCCUCAGGAGGGAGCCCAGACCAGCUUGUAUUGCGCUUUAACAGAAGGUCUUGAGAUUCUAAGUGGGAACCAUUUCAGUGACUGCCAUGUGACAUGGGUCUCUGCCCAGGCUCGUAAUGAGACAAUAGCACGACGGCUCUGGGACGUCAGCUGUGACCUGCUGGGCAUCCCUACGGAUUGACAGGUGGUGGCAGUUGGACCCAAGAGAAGUGCGCAGCAGACUACUCUGUACUCCCUGCCAAAAUGAUUCUCCUUCAGGAUGGCCAAAACCUUGGGCACAAAGAGAGCAAACCUUUCAGAGUUGCCAACUUGGUAUCUGAUAAGAGCCCAGCGUACACUGCUAGAUUCAUCAAAACACCUUGCAUUUGUCCAAAUUUACUUUGCUCCUGUUAUUACAGUUACUAGAGACCCCGUAGGAUAGGUACACCUUUGUGAGUACACCCACAAGCUCAUGUUUUCCUUCUGACACCUACUACCCCGCAGAACCUAAGCUGUGGCAGGGUUGGUUUGUGGCAGUUUUGUUCACAACGUAGUUCCUCCCAACCAACCAACCCUCACUUCAAGAGGGCCACACCGCAGCCUCUGCCAAAUGCCCAGAGUCACAGUGGCUUGGCACAAGAGCAGGGCUUGUCCCUUAUCUCCUAGUAAAACCAUCAUGGUGCCAGCCUCUGGAUUCUUUGGGGAAAUCUAACUGAAUCGGGAUCGUGGUAUGGCUGUAUCUCUGACAGCCUAAAGCUGCUGCUGUCCGGGCCCUUUCCCAUGCCUGGGCCCGGGAGAACUUCCUCUUCUAAGGGGCGAGUGGGUUCUGGAGGAUAGCAGAAAUGAAAAUCAAGUCUCAAUUCUCAUUUUCCUGCUGUUUCUCGGACCCGCAAGGAGAUAGUGAAAGGAGCCGCUUGAGAGGGUAGGCCUCCUGACUUCCGUUACUGACCUCAGACCCACAGAGGCCCUCCUUCCAGUGCCUUGGUUUCCCUUAGACAACCAGAGGAUGGGAAAGGCUCUUGGGUGAUGGCUACUGAGUAUGUGUGUUCCUGUGAAUUUUUGCAGUUGGGAGCAUUUUCACAAAACUCGAAAUAGCCCUAAGGGAACAACAGUGUUAAACCAGACCCUGAUGCAGGUAGAUGAUCAGAGAUGGAGCCAGCUAGUGUCACACAGCCUCUGGUGCAAAUGGGUAGAGCUGCAAGGGGAAGCAGACUGUUCACAUCUGUAACUACCCACCAAGAAGCACAUGGGUAGCAAGAAAGAAGUUCCAAAAAGAGAGUAAGCCUGCAAGAUAGUGAAGGGACUAAUUAAGGAUUUUUUUUUUAAAGCUGAAGAUGCUAAUAUCCAGCUAUAGAAGAAUUAAAGGAAAAAUACCCCUCGAUUUUUUAUUCAGCAACAUUAACUUAAGAACUGAUACUGGUAGUUACAGUUGAUUUAAUAAUCUUUUAGGGCAUUUGCUUACAUUAUCUUGACAAGCUUAAAAAGUCUACUUCCUAAAAAAUCAAAAAGCUACAUUGUAUUUGGAGAACUUUUAUCAAAAGAAAUGUUGCCAAAGGAAGUCCGAGGAAUUGGUAAGGUUCCAUCAUCUGUUUACAGUAUGUCAUCCUAAUAGAAUUUGUGAUUUUCUUGGACCAACAAUUAUAUAUUCACUUUGGUGGGGGAAAGUGUAAUUGGACCAGUCUUCUCAUAUUUGUAAUUUAAUAAUUGCUACACUUGUUUUGACCAUUGAACUAUAUAUUUGGAAGUGGUUAUUUUAUGGAAAAAUUGCAAAACUUGAUAAUAGUGCAGUGGAAUAACUGAAUUCAUAUUUUACUUAAUUGAACUGUUGAUGACAAAUAAAAAAUUUUUGAUUACU